CCAAAAGUAAACCAGAGAAAAGCAGCUGGCAAGAACAUAUUUAAGCAUAUUUAACGUGUUUCUUAUAUUUUCCACUACUUUGAAAUGGAUGACGCACAGAAAAAAGGUAUUUUGCAGUACUUCAACAAUGUUGUUAGGGAAUAUCCUGACAUGUCUGCUGCUGUUGCAGCCAUCAAAACACUCCUGCAUUUUAUAGAAAACAACCGAUUGGAGACAUUGGCAGGUCUGCGAGCCAUCUUAAAGGAUGCUAUCAACACACUGACCCAGACAGACAGCAGCGUGACCUCCAUAUCCUCGGGCUGUGAACUCUUCCUUAGAUUUAUCACACUCACAAGUCUGGAAGACAAUGAUUUUCAAAAGUGUCAGACCAUAAUGGUGCAGCGUGGAAACACUUUCCUGGAGAAGUUGGCGUCCUCCAGACAGAAGAUAGCCAGACAGGCGGACAAGUUCAUCAGAGAUGGAUCACGUAUCCUGAUCCACUCCCAUUCACGAGUGGUCCAGCAGGUGAUAAAGGACGCCGCUCUGUCAAACAAGCGAUUCGAGGUGUUCGUCACAGAGUCCAGACCAAAUGAUGCUGGUUUGAAGACACAAGAGGAGCUGGAGGCGUGUGGCGUUCCUACCACCCUUGUACUGGACUCAGCAGUCGGGUAUAUAAUGGAGAGGAUGGACAUGGUGCUGUGUGGAGCGGAGGGGGUGGUGGAGAGUGGCGGCAUCAUCAACAAGAUUGGAACAUAUUCAAUAGCAAUAGCUGCCAAGGCAAUGAAUAAACCAUUCUACGUGGUGGCAGAGAGCUUCAAGUUUGUGAGGUUGUUUCCCCUAAAUCAGCAAGAUUUACCAAAUGAAUUCAAGUACAAGGCGUCUACAUUGCGUAGUGGGUGUGAUCUGAGCCAGGAACACCCACUGGUAGAUUACACCCCCCCUGCCUACAUCAGCCUGCUCUUUACAGACCUCGGGGUCCUCACACCAUCAGCCGUCAGUGACGAGCUCAUCAAACUAUACUGUUGACACUCUAUGUGUUUGUAUGACAGUGUGUGACUGGGUCUGUGAUCUGGAGGGAUUGUGUGUUCAAGUUGUUUGUCAUUGAUUUUUGGUGUACUUGAAAGCAUGGUAAACUGUUGUUGAAUAAAAGUGUUUUAUAAUUA